AUGGCCCUGGCGGCCUCUCUGGCUGAGCUGCGCGCUGAGGCCUGCUGCCCCGUGUGCCACGAUUUCCUGCAGGAGCCUGUGACCCUGGAAUGUGGCCACAACUGCUGUGGCUCGUGCCUGCAGCAGCGCUGGGAGCACCUGCAGGACAUCCUGCCCUGCCCCGUGUGCCUGCACCCCUGCACAGAUGGGCACCCCCAGAAGAACACGCAGCUGGGGGACUUGAUUGACCUGGUCCAGCAGAUUCUGUGCAUGAGGAAGAAGAACAGUGAGAAGGAAGAAAAUGAAGAGGAAGUAGAAGAGGAAGAAGAGGGCAGAGGCCGCUGUGAGAGGCACCAGCAGGCCCUGAGCCUGUUCUGCGAGGACGACCUGGAGCUACUGUGUGGCCAGUGCGCAGCCUCCCCUGACCACCAGGCCCACGACCUGACACCCAUUGCAGAAGCCGCUGCUCAUCACAGGACGAACCUUAAGAAUUGCCUAUGGCAUCUCGGGGAGCGGCUGGAGGAGGCAGUGAGGGCCUUGGAAAGGAAGGACGCCGAAUUCACCGAGCUGAAAGGCCAGUUGAAAUUGCAAAAGCAAAAUGUGACCCAAGAAGGCAGCCAUUUGAUGCAAUACUUGAGAAAACAGGACCGUUCCAUCGGGAAGAAGCUGGUUCACCAAAAGUCCGGUAUUUACCGACACAUGCUGCUAACCAAACAGCAGCUGUCCAGGGUGGCCUGCACCUGGAAGGAGCUGCUCACGGUGCUGCAGAAGGCUUGUCUGCAGGCCGACGCCCACCUGCUCCAGGACGCUGCAGCCCUGCAACUGGCCUGGAGGCAGCGCCAGAGGCUGGGGUUCCCUGAGGUCCCUUCCUGGAAGCACAAAGAGGAGAGUCUCUCUCUGCCCCCCAACUACAUCGGCUUGGACAACAUGAGGGCCAAAUUCCAGGUGCACCUGAUUCUGGACCCCGAGACCGCUCACCCGGAUCUCUUGAUCUCCCACCAGACAACCGCCAGCUACUGCCAGGAGGGCGCCCAGACCAGCCCCGGCAUGCGCCCCCGUGCCUUCACCUCCCGCGUGGCUGUCCUGGGGGCCCUGGGCUUCAGGGGCGGCCGGCACUUCUGGCAGGUGGAGAUCCGCGGCUUGGGGGUCUGGUGUCUGGGCGUGUGCACCGAGGCCUUCUCCAGGGACACUCGGGCCGCGCAGACCCCGCGCAAUGGCUGCUGGCAGGUGCCCGUGACCGUGUCCCUGAGCCUGCCCCGCCUCCCACGGGGCAAAGCAGCUGUCGCCUGCUUCGGGGUCUUCCUGGACUACGAGUUGGGGGAGAUUUCCUUCUACAACAUGAGCAAGAAGACCCACUUGCACACACUCACUGGCACAUUCACCGAGAGACUUGUGCCUUAUUUUUCGCACGGGCACUCCCAGAAGAACCCGCAACUGAUUGACCUGCUCCAGUCUCUUCCCAGCAAAAGGUUGAAGGUUGCAGAGAAAGUGGAAGAAGAGAAGGAGUAG